AUGAGCCCCCUGAAUUCAGUCCACUUUACAAACACCAGUAUUGUGCAUCCUGACUUCUUUUUCAUAAGUGGUUUUGCUGGUAUUCCCCACACAAACUACUACUAUGUCUUCAUGUGCUUUGUUUAUGUUCUCACAGUAGUGGUAAACACUUUUGUCAUGUUUAUGAUUUACACUGACCACUGUCUCCACAGUCCAAAAUACAUAGCAGUAUUUAAUUUGGCUCUGUGUGACUUGGGUGGAAGCACUGCAAUCAUUCCUAAAAUGAUUGACACCUUCCUGUUUAAAUCACACUUAAUCUCCUUCAAUGCCUGCUUGACAAAUAUGUUUUUUAUUUUUUUCUUUAUCUGUAUACAAUCUUUCACUCUCGCUAUUUUGUCUUAUGAUAGAUGUGUUGCUAUAUGCUUUCCACUGAGAUACAAUGAGAUUGUGACUAGUAAAUCAAUAUUGGUGAUAACAGCCACAUUAUGGAUUCUUGCAGGACUGGGCGUUCUCAUAGGUGUGAUUUUUAUCAGCAGACUCUCAUUCUGCAAAUCCACUGUGAUAGACAGUUAUUUCUGUGAUCACGCCCCCAUGCUUCUUUUGGCGUGCAAUGAUAACACUCCAAGUAUGGUGAUUAAUUGGUCACAUCCUAUUGUGCUUCUCUGGAUUCCAUUGCUUUUUAUCACAGGUACAUACAUUUGUAUAGCAAGAGCCUUAUUAAAAAUUGCAGCAACCUCAGAGCGUCUCAAAGCCAUGAAAACCUGCACCGCUCAUUUGAUCUUGGUGAGUGUGUUUUACUUUCCUUUUAUUAUCACAUAUGGAAUGGGCUCUAACAUUCACCAGAACGCCAGGAUUAUUAACAUGUCUCUGACGACCAUCUUGCCGCCUGCAUUGAAUCCAAUCAUUUACUCUCUGAAGACAGAGGAAUUCACAGCAUCUAUUAAAAAGCUUUACAGAAGAAAGAAGAUACACUAUAGAGAAAAAAUUAAUAAAUAUUUUCAUCACAAAUGA